UUGCUUAUUUCUAGAAGAGCUAGAGAGACUUAUGUAUGUAUACAUUGUAUAACCCGUUUCUUUUUCGUCGUCAUAUUCAUCGCAUUCACUUUAGCACGAUACGAUAGCCGAUCCAUCCGACAUCGUGCAAGCUUCAACGACAAAACUGUUACAGUUAUCCGAACAUCUUCAAAAGCUGUUAAAUGUCGUCCAGUACUUUGGGAUAGUUCACGUGCUGAAUAUCGAAGUCAUAAAAACAAAGACGAAGUAUGGCAAGAGGUAUUCGAAGAAAUGGACGAUAAUUAUCGUUUUCUAAGUCAAAAAGAAAGAUCUGAAAUUGCUAUGAAAAUCACAAACAAAUGGAGAAAUCUUCGUGAUGUCUUUAUAAGAUCUAUCAAAAAAAGAGCAACUGGUACAAAAAUGAGAAAAUACAUGUAUCAUGAUCGACUUUCAUUUAUGCUCAAAUUGUACAAAUCAUACAUAAGACCCGAAAGUCCCGACGACUUAAUUCAAUCCGAUGAAUAUAACAAUCGAUAUUUAAAAUCUUGCUAUGAAAACAGAGAUCAACGAAGUAUUUCUUUUGAUAAUAUUCCAGAAUCCCCACAUUCAUUACACGAAAAACCAAUAAUUUUCGAUUCCAACAACGAAGAAUCGUUUAGUGUUAAAACAGAACCUGAAGACGACGACGAAGAGGAGGAAAAUGGGAUUAAAGAAGUACGAAAUGGGGGAACAGAAGAAUGUUCAAGUUCAAACGAUAUUGUUAAUGAUUUUGAUGAUGACAUGAAUGCGAAUAGAGCAAGUUGUUCUGGAAUGAAAGUGAAAGAAAAUCAGCUGCAAAAUCAUGAAGAAAUUAAACCACUGGAUCUUGAAUUUAGUCAAUUUGGUUCAGGGAAAAAUUUGACUGAUGAUGAAGCUUUCUUUAUUUCUGUACUCCCCACAUUGGGAGAUAUGAACCUUGAUGAGAAAUUAGAGUUUCGUAUAGCAGUACUACAAAAAAUAAGUGAUAUAAAAUCCAAGAGGCUCAAUUCGUGAUGCCCUUGUUGAUGCUUUGAAAAAACCUUAACUAUUAAGUUUAAUAAAUCCUUUUAGAUUCCUUGUUUAACUUUUGUUUAUUUUAAGUGGAGAUUUCUACUUUAACUUUAAAUAAAAACCCAAUACCAAUUGA